AUGGAGUUCUUUCACUUGAGUAACAACUCACUUCAAGGAGAGCUUACUUCUUCUAUUUGCAAUGCUACCUCACUUGAAUUUCUAAGCUUGUCCCAUAACUACUUCACCAAAACCAUUCCAUACUGCAUUAGUAGUUCGCUUCAAGUUUUGAACUUGUCUCAUAACAAAUUCGCUUGCACCAUUCCACAUUCAUUCAAUAACUCUAGCCUUGCUAUUUCUGUGUUGGAUUUGCAAAUGAAUAGAUUCUCUGGCACCAUACCUCAAUUAUUUGAAAAGGGAAACAAUUUGAUGACCCUAAAUCUUGUUGGCAACAUAUUGGAAGGGUCAUUUCCCCGAUCUAUGGUCAAUUGCACAAAAUUGAAAGUCUUAGAUGUUGCUAUGAGAAAGGAUGAUGAAAGAGAACUUGGGUUGCAUUACAUAGGUUAUGAAUCUAUGUAUCAAGACUCCAUCAAGGUAAACUUGAAAGGACUGGACAUCCAUUUAGAAAAGAUCUUAACUGUUUUUACCACAAUUGAUGUAUACGUCAACAUGUUUGAAGAAAAAAUUCUAGAAGUUAUUGGAGAGCUUAGCAAAUUGAAAAACAAGCUUGAAGAAUGUGUUCCUAUGGUCUCACGUUUUGAGACAUUAUCAAGUGAUUCCUUUAAAGGAAACAAGGGCUUGCAUGGAUUUCAACUUGACACUCCAUGCUACAUCACUCAUGAGAAAAGUCAACCACUAUUACCAAGUUGUGAUACUGGAUUUUUUGAAUUUGGAUGGAAACCUCUUCUGCUAGGGUAUAUAUGUGGAGCCUCAUCUGGAACAUCAAUGUUUUGGGUUUUGAUUUUCUCAGGAAAAUGUCAGUGGAUUGCAAGAAUGGUGAACAAUCUUCUAAAGAGGAGGAGGACAAGGGCUAAUACGCGUCGCACUUAG